AUGCUCCCCACUCCCUCCACCAGCCACGUCAACUAUGACCAAGUGUACGAACCGGCCGAGGACUCAUAUCUACUCCUCGACACCCUCUCCUCCGCCUCCGAGACCGCAUUUCUGCAACGGCGAUUCCCACAGCAUGCAACCUCGCCCCUUGUAGUCGAAAUCGGGCCCGGCUCUGGCGUAGUGCUAGCUUUUGUCACCGCGCACGCAGGCCGAAUUUUUGCGCGUCGGAAUGUCGGCACGCUGGGUGUAGAUGUCAAUCCCGUGGCUUGCGCGGCGACUCGGCAGACUGUCCAGACGGCUUCGGCAUCCGCGCGCGCUGACUGCGGAGUUUUCCUCGAUGCGGUGAAUGGCGAUCUCACGACUGCUAUCAAGCCUGGAUCUGUCGAUGUGCUGAUUUUCAAUCCGCCUUACGUCCCGUCCGAAAGCCUGCCUUCACUACCCGUGCACGAUGAGCACGACGCAGCUGACGCAAGGGGCUCUUUCGCCCGCGACUCGCAUUUGCUCUCGCUUUCCACGGACGGAGGAAUCGAUGGCAUGGAGAUUACCAAUCGACUCCUCGCUCAGCUCGAUGUCGCGCUCAGCGCGAGGGGCGUGGCGUACAUCCUGCUCUGUGCACAGAACAAGCCCGAGAUUGUCAUGGCGCAAGUUCGUGCCUGGCCGACUCGAGAUGCAUCAAUGCUUCGAUGGAAUGUGGAGAAAGUCGCAUCGAGCGGGAGGAAAGCCGGGUGGGAGAAGUUGUGCGUCAUUCGCAUCUGGAGCGACAGAUGA